CUGAGAAAGAGAAAGUGGGAAAUCAAAUCGAGGGAUCAGCUCGGAUUUUGCAAAGCUCUCUCUCUCUCUUUCUCUGAAUGCGAGAAGGAGAGCCAUUAUGAUCUUCCCUCGACGCAGACCUUCAUCCGUUUUCCUUCUUCUUCUUCCAUUUCUCUUCUUCUUCUUCUUCUUCUUCUCGCAUUCAUCACGCGCCGCCUCAGACCUCAACGGCACUCUCGUCGCCGAUAAUUUUGAUGGGGUUGGGGCCCUUAAUGCUUCGCAGCCAUUGAUGGAUGCAAUAAACCUUACGGGAUCGGAUGCUGCUGCGAACUCGUCGCUGAUUUUGGCCGCAUACAGGACGCACAGGAAAGACCCAAUUGGGGGUUUUAAACUCUAUACUGGUGGAUGGAAUAUUAGUAAUGAGCAUUACUGGGCAUCUGUUGCUCUUACCGGUGCUCCAUUAUUUAUCAUUGCCGUUGUUUGGUUCCUGCUCUUUGGGAUAUGCUUGUUCAUCACCUGUCUUUAUAGUUGCUGUUGUCGGAGGAAGCCUUAUGGCUAUUCUCGAACGGCCUAUGCCCUCUCUCUUGCUUUCCUCAUAUUCUUUACCAUCUCAGCAGUUGUUGGAUGCAUCGUGUUAUAUGUCGGUCAAGGGAAUUUUCACAGCCGUACGACGAGGACGUUGGAAUUUAUUCUGCAUCAAGCAUAUGCAACUGUUGACAACCUCAAGAAUUUGGCAAUCUCUCUUUCUGCCGCAAAGACUAUCGCAGUCGAUUCGAUAUUUCUGGCUGCACAGGCCCAGAAAGGAAUUGACGACAUUGGGACAAAGAUCAGUUCUACUGCUUCUAUUCUUACUGAUGCCGUUGAAGACAAUGCUCACACGAUACAGCAAGGCUUGGAUGGAGUGGGACUCGCCCUCAUUAUUAUUUCUGCUGUUAUGCUCCUAUUGACAUUUGUUGGAUUCUUAUGUUCCAUCUUCGGGUUGCAGUGUAUCGUAAGCACCUUGGUGGUGUUUGGUUGGAUUCUGGUUACGGUCACAUUCAUUCUGUGUGGCGUGUUUCUUCUUCUCCAUAAUGUGAUAGGAGAUGCAUGUGUUGCAAUGGAUGAUUGGUUGCAGCAUCCGACUGCCUACACGGCGUUAGACGAUAUCCUUCCGUGCAUCGACAAUGCGACAGCAAGAGAAAUUCAGACACAAUCCAAGAAUGUGAAUGUCCAAAUUGUAAGUUUGGUGAAUGGAGUGAUCCACAGGCUCGCAAAUGCCAACCCCACUCCAGAUCUCACCCCUCCUUUCAAUUACAAUCAGUCUGGCCCCUUGGUGCCAUAUCUUUGCAGUCCGUUUAAUCCCGAUCUCACCGAUCGAAACUGCACGUUGGAAGAAGUAGAACUGAGCAAAGCUCCUGAGGUAUGGAAGAACAUGACCUGCCAACUAUCAGGGUCAGGAAUCUGCGGCACCACCGGGCGGUUGACCCCGAUGUUCUACACCCAAAUGGUGGCCGCAGUGAACGUGAGCUACGGGCUGUACCGGUACGGGCCGUUCAUGUUGGAACUGGUGGACUGUACAUUCGUGCGACAAGUGUUCACAGACAUCAGGAACAGCCAUUGCCCUGGCCUCCGACAGUACACGCAGUCCAUAUACGUGGGCUUGCUCAUAGUGUCCGCCGCCGUCAUGCUGUCCCUCAUCUUCUGGGUUAUAUAUGCUCGAGAGCGCCGCCAUCGGGUCUACAACAAGCAGUUCAUUGCCGCAGCUCCGGGAUAACACUUGCACACUUACGAUUUUCCCAUCAUUUUUCUUCUUCUUGUGUUCAAUUUCGGCUAUCGUUCUCGACAUAUGUACAUACGCAUGGACGACGGGAAGGAUGAAUCCACAUUUUACCAUUUUACCGUUUCUUACCAAAUAUAUCACUAAAAUCUAUAUGAUAUUAAUGUUAAUAA